CAGGGAGGAAAGGCGGCUAGCUCGAGUAAAUACUCGGAGCGCGUUUUUUCAGCAGGUGUUGUUAUGCCUGGGUAAUUUAUCGUAAUGUUUAUUAUAAAUGUCAGUCAUAUCAAAGAUACGGCCCUACUGUCUAUCUUUUGGAACUGGAUUUUAUAUAGUUUCAAGAAUCAUUUCCGAAUGAAAGGAAACAACGAUUAGCAUCUCUCCUAUCUAUUGCUCCUAAUAAAAAUCCUCACAUACAUUAUUUUUGGCUGACAGUGGACUGUAUCAAUAAUGAAAGGUUCACUCACAAAAUAAAACUACUAUUAUCAGUCUCAGUGACUUCUAGCCAAUGUGAACUAAAAGUACAAAGAAUGUACCUGAUAAAGUUGGACUAUUAUUAUGAUUUGAUGGUGAAUGUCGUGAUCGCUGUUAGACCGUGAUGUACAUAUCCAAGCACCCUAUUGCCUACUGAUAAUGAAAUAGAUGACCUCAAUGUAGGAUUGUUGCCCAUUGAUUGUAACAUAAAUGAUCUAACAGACAAAGACAUCUUGACGCAUUUUACUGAAUGAAGUGUCAAUAGAUACUUAACUCUUUAGUUACGACUGUGAUUCCGAUUUAGAGUUAGUGCUACGGUUUAGGAAUAGAAUGUCAAGUUAAGGAUUCAUGUCUAUAGCUAGGAUUGAGGUUUUGGAUUUAAGAAGUGUUGCAGUUUGCAGUUAGUCUAUAUUCACCGUAAAUACUAACUAACUUCAAGUCCUAAAGUAUAUUCUAACAGUAACUUCAGGCCACUAAUUCUGUAUACCGAUCCUAUUCUUAAUUCAUAAAAUCUGCAUCAAAAUGCUAAACUUUAAAACCUAAUCCUAACCCUGGGUCUCAAUCGUAAACUGCAGUACUAAACCAAAAUCUUAAUUUUAGCAGUAUAAAUCAUCUGUUUAUAUCCGUUGCAUUCUGAUUGGCUGAGUAGAUUGGACUUAUCAGUAAUAUUUAUUGAGUCGCUCGAGCACAUCCUUACAGUUUUCGAGAACAGGAACACGGCCUAUUUUCCAAAAAAAUUCCGUCUCAGAAACCUAGUUUAUUCUUUCUUCUCUAAGUUCUCAAUAAUAUUAAACUGUGAUUACUCGCAAAUCAAAAUAACACCUCUCAAUAUGUACGUACUAAUCUUUGCGACAAAUGACAUUUAAUAUUCAACUGGGUUGAUGUUACAUGUGUUUAUAAACGCGUAUAACAGACGAAAUAUUGAUCCAUAACUCAGUAUUUAAAAGUCAAGUAUUUAUCUAACAAGUGACAAGCAGCUCGUCCUUGAUAUAUAACAGCAUAGCCACUGCUUUAGUUGUGGAUCCAGAAAAGAAAACGGUUAACGUCAGCGCUAUUUAUUUUUGUCAGCCUGGAUUACUUCCAUUUCUAGAACUUAAAAGGUCUGCCAUUCGGCAUUCAAGUGGGCUUCAUCAAGGGAAUUAAACAGUCAGUUGGAAUUACUGCUUUCUGAGUUUAUAUCUGAUUAAGGUGCUACUUAGGAAUGAUCCUAGAUAGUGACUAAAUUAUUUAAAUACCUUUUUUGAGUGUUGUAUCAAGAGUUCGAACCUUUCUCCCUCUUAACUCACACUGAAGAGCUGACUAUUGCCAGUUUUUAGGCGGAAACGUGUGCCACACAAACAACUUUAUAAGCUUGUACUUGAUUGACAAGUCGUAUAAAAUUUGAAGCGGAUAGUAAUUUGAUGCUCAUUCUUAUCUUGUUUCAGGAUGAAUAUAAUGAGGAUCUUAGGUAUAAUUUUUAAUUGGAGAAACACAUGUAGUUCUAAGUAAAGAAAAUUGUCUAAAUCAUAUUAGUCGUGCAACAUCACAAGCCGGCAACUUAAAAAUCCUUAGUCACCAGAUUAAAACCUAGUGAUAAUAGUACAAGUUCACCACUGGUCUUGAGUGUCACAAAUUUUUGUUACUAUAAUAUGGAGGGUACACAGCUGGGAAGUUUCAAGCGGUAUCGAAAUAGCCGUCCAUUAAUUUCUGGAUAACACCAUUUCUUUUUACUCACAGUGCGCUUUUCUUAUUUAUGCGAAUUCUAUGACUUUUUAUUGUUUCUGUAGGAGAUGUGUGACAAACCUUUCUUUUAUAACCCCGAUAUCGAUACGAAAAUUGCCGGUUUAUAUGAUCUACAACAUACAAUUGGACGAGGACAUUAUGCUGUUGUGAAACAAGCACGCCAUGUAUUUACUGGUGAGAAAGUUGCAGUGAAAGUAAUCGACAAGACCAAACUAGACAAUGUUUCACGAGAUCAUUUGUUUCAGGAAGUUGUAUGCAUGAAACUUGUUCAGCAUCCAAAUGUGGUUAGAUUAUAUGAAGUUAUUGACACGCCAACCAAAUUGUAUCUCGUUCUUGAGUUAGGUGACGGAGGAGACCUAUAUGAUUACAUAACAAGUCAUGGCGAUGGUCUGAGUGAAAAAGUCGCAAAACGGUAUUUUCGCCAAAUAGUAACUGCCAUUGCUUAUUGCCACAAGUUAAGAGUGGUUCAUCGAGAUCUAAAACCAGAGAAUGUAGUUUUUUUCGAGAAACUGGGUUUGGUUAAGUUAACUGAUUUUGGAUUCAGUAAUAAAUUUAUUCCUGGCACUAAUUUAGACACAGCUUGCGGCUCGUUGGCUUACUCAGCUCCGGAGAUAUUGCUUGGUGACUCAUACGAUGCUCCAAAAGUGGAUAUUUGGUCCUUAGGUGUGAUAUUAUAUAUGCUUGUCAGCGGAAAUUUGCCUUUUCAAGAAACAAAUGAUAGUGAAACGUUAACGAAGAUCAUGGAUUGUGAUUAUUCCAUGCCUUCACAUUUAUCACCAGACUGUAAACGGCUUAUUUCUCGUUUACUAAUACGUGAUCCACAAAAGCGUGCUCAUCUUGAUGAUAUCCUACAAGAUGACUGGCUAAAGCUAGAUGGUAAUGACUUACCUAUUGAGCUGUUUUCUGUCCCCUUGAUAUCUCGUGAACAUCUUUCAUUUGAAGACCAUAUGGAGAUUCUAUCCAAAAUGGCUGAGGGUGAACUGGCGUCUGUUGAUGAAAUACAGUCUACUUUAGAUCGUAAUGAAUACAACCACAUAGCUGCUACAUACUACUUACUUGCGGAGCGCAAACUGAAACGUAACUACAUAGAAGAAUAUAAACGGUUAGCAAGCCAGUCUCAACUAAUUGAAAAACGAAAACAAGAACAACAAAAAUGUAUCAACUGUGUGUUUGGACUAUCUGAAAAUGCAAAACAAGUGCAAAAUGUUGAAAACAAUAUAACCCCUAAAUCUUUGGUAAAUAGUGUGAUGGGUUCAAGUACUGCGACGCCAACUUCACGCAUUUUAAGUUCUUUAGGCUCAUCAAAUGUAGAGGAUCGUGUCAGGCGUUUCAGUAUGAUUUUAGAAGAUGAAGAAGAAGAGGAAGAAGGUAAAGGGUCUCCAAUAGCAUCUACUUCAUUCGACAGGUAUAUUGCAGGUAUAAAUGAGUCAGCGAAAAUGGUCAAUGAUUCAGAUGCCUUACACCCCUGUUUCGCUGAUACGUCUGAAGAGGCAAUGCUAGAAGAAGAGGAAGAAGAACUUGCUACUGUUGCUGGUUUGGCAUGCGUUCGUUCUGAACUUUUAACUGAUCAAAUGGUUAAUCAUGUAUUAAGUAUAUCCGAAUCAGAAUUCACAUCAAAUGUCCAUGGAAAUGUGGUUUCAACUCGUCCUUGUUCUAGAACAAGUGGUUCUGCAGUUGGAGCAUCUGAUGGCGCUGAGUCAGAUGUUUCUCUUAGUCCCUGGAAUGCAAAUGGGACGGGUUUUGUAAGUUCUUUGAAUCGAGUUACAUCCACCACUCGUUCUCUUCCACCUGUUGAAACUCGAAGAAAGAAUACCUAUAGACGAGGACUUAUAUCGCACCGUCCACUUACUACAGUGAAGAGCAGUCCGCAGCUUCUGAAACAUUCUGCUGAAGAAGAUUGGAACAUCCAUACCUCAAUAGAAACCAAUAAUUCCCUCCACAUGGAUAAACGCAGAAAGAAAUUAGGAGAAUGUUUUAUACAAAACCCGGCUGUCUAUACUACAGCUGAAGAUAGUUUAGGAAUCCGAUCUUUGCGUAGUUCGUAUAACUUGUACCGUAGUAUCAAAUAUGUCGACGAUCAGUUGAUUGGCCUGAGACCUACAAGUUUUUACACGACUGCAACCCAACAAACAUAUUCUGGAGCUCAUAGUCCAGCGUGGACACGAAGGUUUUUGAAUACACCUGCAUCGUCGUCUCGUCCAGCAAGUAUCGGGAGCUGGAAUGCUGUUCUCAACAUGAGUUUAGUGAGUGAUCAGCGCCGCCCAUCAUUCUGUUCAUCUCCUGUUGAGCCACAAAUAGGCACCAUCAAUAGAAGAAAGGUUCUUUAUUCAAAUCACAGCCAAGGCCCAUAUGUUUUCAACAAGGGGAUUAAUCCCGACCGAAGAUGCAGUGGACCUCCAGGUUUAUUGUUAGCAGUCUCAGGAUUGUAUUAUCCAGGUUCAGGUGUUACGUUACCCAGUCGCUCAGACUCAGAUACCUCAUUUCUAGAACAGCAUGACACUAGUCAUUUACCCCCUAACUUGGACCACUCUUUUUCUCCAGAAGAGCCUUCAGAUGAAUCUUACACGCAAAAUGGGACCAAGUGUUCAGGUACAAUUACCGAAAUAAGUGAUAUCAUUAAGAAUAACCAUCGCAGUAUUUUACCGUCAAUCUCUGGAGUAAAUAAAAGAGGUUCUACUAGAUCUCCGCAUCGCACUCUUAGCAAUUCUCGUAAAACUGCUAGUUGGUGUAGUUCCGCGCCUAUAUUGUGCGAAACAUCUGAACAGCCCCACUUAACUUAUGUACCAUCGAAUAGUAUUGGGCUGACCACUUUAUCACUUGAAAGUAACUCUCAGUUGGGUGGUUCGAAUACGGUUCGAGAACAUUGCACUCCGAUACGUGAAGAAGAUGACGAAGUAGUACGCUCUGGAGAAUCUACUUUUAAGACACCCAAUCUGUUAUUUGGCUUGAAUCACCGAAGGAAGUCUGAAUCGUCAAGUAUGCAUACAAGUUCAACUCUUUUCACGACAUCCAAUAUUACCCGUGGUGGAUUCGCAACUUUGGCUGAAUCGGAGUCAACUUCAACCAUUAGUCAGUUACCCAACAUAAGUGCUCAGCGAAACGAUGCUUUACAAAAUGGUGGCAGUUCACAAUGUACUACAUCCAAUUUCUCACUUAGCUCUCUCGCAACAAGUUUGCGAGAUUCACGCUACAUGAUCGACAUUAUACGAGGAACAUUUGAAUUACAAUGUCAGUAUAACCGUAGAUUUACUAAUUCCAUUGCUGGAGUUAGCAGUUGUGAAUAUAAUUCUAGCCGAGCUAGUACCUCAACAUCUGUUCGUAGCCUCACUGCUAUAUCAGAAAAUUUCCCUAUCAACAAUCAACUAAAAGAAGAUUUUCCUUUACAAGAUUCACAAAGACUCCCCCUUCAUCAUCGUGAUUUACUCCAUCCAUUGGAAUCCACCUUAAAAGCUUCUACAAAAAACAAUAUUUUACAGAAUUCCAAUAUGGUCAAAAAUUCUAUGAAUAGUUGUUUGAAUCGUGAUUUUCUUGUUACAGGUUCAUCUCAGAAAAGUAGAAUGAGUUUACCAGCUAGUAUAAGUGGCAUUACAAACCCAGAUGUUGCCUGUUCAGUGAGUCCUGUUUUAGAAUCGAAUGAAAACAAUUUUCCCUCCUCUCUUUCUCUUGAGCAUAGUUCACCUGUAAGAUUUGACAAUCUUCUUACUCAUAACCAUAGGAAUGGGUCUUGUAAAUCUGUUAGUCAAUCUACAACUUCAUUUAAACGUCCUUCACAUUUGUCUUCAGGACGAGAAUCUUUUAAGAAGUCGAACAUCAGCUGUCUUCCUGAUCAUGGUUGUAGUAUAGUUGAAAACAUGAAUUCAGGAACCCAUAAUAAUAGUAAUAAUAAUAAUAACAUCAGUCAUUAUUCUGAGUUGUCAAGUGAAUCCGUUAACCAAUGGACCCAUAAAUCAAAUACGCCAAAUCAUAAACAAGUAUCAUCGUUUAUACUAAGCAAACAUAGAGCUAGAUUAGCAUGUUGCUCAGUUUCGUGAUAAUGACUAUAAUUUUGUCUUCCAUUAUUUACAUAUAUUUUGUAUAAAUAAUUUUCUUUUAGUUUUUAAAAUCAUUUGUUUAAAUCACCAUUGUGUUUUCUCUCUUUAUUUUGUCUCUUCUUUCUCUCUUACCCCUGUUCAUGAUCAUAAAAUGAGAUAUUAUUUACGUUUUUAUGGUAUUUAUUUCAGUUCAUAGUUCUGCUUUGUUUCACUUUCCUGUAUGCGCUUAAUUAUGUAUUACAUAUAUACUUUGUUUCAUUUUCUCUAUAUAUCUAGUCCAUUGUUCUUUUUGUUGACUAAGCAGCUUAAUUACUACAGUAAUCUUACCCAAACAUUUGAAAUGGUAUUCUCCCUGUUAUUAUUGUCAUUAUUAUUACUGAUUAUGUUACUAAGAUCAUUCUCUUGCCUAUGAUCCAUCUACUACUACCAGCUAGUCGUACAUUGUUUACUCGCACAUUUCUAAUCAGAUAUAUUUGAUCAUUCAUAUUUUAGAAAAAGAAACAAACUGACUAUUUUGACUAUACACUUUUUAUCUUUCUAUAUUAUAUUGAUAUUUUAAAUUGAUUGGGUAUUAUGAUUUGAUUAAAACAAAAUUAACCAGUGUCUGUAUAUUUGAUCUUGGCUUCUUAUACUCUGCUUACAAAAUUAUAACAAGUAGAUAAGUGUAUAAAUACUCUUUCUAUUUUAAGAAGAAGAAGAAAAAGAUUCUCUUUAUCUUAUUUUUGUUUCCGAAACUUUUACUUAAAAGUAUGUUGUGGUAUCUGUGCAUGGAUCAUUGAUAUUCUUGAGACUAAUAAUAAUAAUAAUAAUAGUAAUAAUCAAACAUUCAAUUAUACCUUAUAUCUAUGUGUAUAGAUACACUAUUCUACAUACCGCUUUUCUCAUUGUCUCUGUAAAUAUAAUACAUAUAGAAUGAAUAUCAUUCGGUUCAUGACUAAAUUAUUAUGUUUUUCUUUCAUUUCUUCCUAUUCUUCUUCUUCUUUUUCUUAUUAUAUUGUUAUUUGUCAUCAACGCUUUUUUUGCUGCAUAUUAUACCUAAUUCUGUAAAUAUUCGCCUAUCUAUAUGUCUAUUGUAUCCCGGUUAAUCUUGUUUGUUUUUUUUUAAAUUUUAUUUUGAGCUUGUUUUCCAAAGUGUAUGUCUCUUUAUUUAAUUCUUAUGAGUAUUUUAAAUAUAUAUAUAUAUAUAUAAAUCCACUUGAUUUAUU